UGGAGCACUAUUAAACGAGGCAGCUCUUAUCUCUUGACCACAGUCCUUCACCUCCCUUGGGAGAGGGAGGAGUGGAGCCUGAGGGGGAGCAGGCACAGCUGUACAAAGGGGAUCCUGGAGAGUGCUGUGUGUGCCCCCUACCCCAGGCACAGCAUCGUGCGGCGAGCAGUGGCUGUCAGACACAGCACCCAUCAGAGACCCCAGUGCAGAGGAGUCCUCAGACACCCAUCAUGGGCAACUGCCUCCCAGUGAGCCCGAGCCUCCUGGAGAGCAAAAACUCCGUGGACCUGCUGGAGAUCAUGGGUGACCUUGACCUCUCCUACUAUUACAGCAACGAGACCUUCACAGACUACGACGCUGCGCCCUGCCACAACCGCUACUGUCCCUUCUUCCAGCUUGUAGCCCCCCCCUUCCUGGCAGUCACCUGUGCCACUGCCACCCUGAGCACUGGGGCACUGCUGCUGGCACUGGCCAAGUGUCCCCAGGUCUGGGGCUGGCCCCAGAGCCGCCUGCUGGUGGCCCAGCUGGCAGUGGGGACGGCUCUCUUUGCUGCCCUGUUACCACCCGUGGCAGUGGGCAUCAGGCAGGGCUGGCGGCUGGGCGCAGGGCUGUGCAGGCUCACCCACUUGCUGUGGCACUGGAGCCUCUUCUCCCAGGGGCUGCUGGUGGGCAGCAGCUUCUGCAGCACCGCCUGGUGCCGCUGGGACCCCCGAAGCCGCCGCCUGACUGUGACCCUCUGGGCUUCGGCGCUGCUGCUGGCAACACCAGCGGCUCUUGCCGGCGGCACCGUGGUGGGCCAAGAGACAAGCUGCAUCCGCCGGAGCGUGGACGUCCUCUCCCCAGCAUACCUGCUGCACCUGGCCCUCUGCUUCAGCCUCUUUGUGCUCCUGCCAGCAGUGCUGCUGCCAGCCACGCUGGUUGUGCCGCAGUUGAAGGCAGCCUGGGAGCCGGGCGCUGGGGCGAGCUGGCUCUUCUUUGGGCUUUGGGUGCCUUACGGGGUGGGGCUCACCGUGGAUUUCCUCCUGCACGCCCGGCUGCUGCAGCCAACCUGCGGCACCUUCGAGCACUUGGAUUACGUGCUGGGGCUGAGUGAGGGGCUGGGGGUGCUGCACUGCUGCCUGAUCCCCGCUGCACUGCUCACCGUCCGGUUCUGCCACCACUGGGCUGGCACCAGCAGCAGCUGCUGAGUUCUGGCACUGCAGCCCAAUGGUCCCGUGCUGGCCCCUGGCCCGCAGCAUGAGCACCUUUGCCCACGGUGUCCCCCAUCAGACCCACGGCUGCUGCCCCACAGGUGAUGCUCCCCC